ACCAUAUUAGAAAGCUUACAUUUCUACUUCUGUGAUAGAACUUUGUCCAACUUUGUAAAAUCAAAAGGCAGCCAGCAUGUGAAUGCAGGUACUAGCUAGAACAUUGUGUAAAAGACUGAAGGAAAACUUGCCGUGAGUGAAGGUGAAACUCCAAACAAGAGCCAGUACUUUGAUACAAGAUAUCCUGUCAGUGGCAGUAGUGCACUCCAGAAGGAAGAACUCACACAGGGGAUAGACAAUGUAAUUAUCAGUACAGCGACAAAAAAUCACGUGAAAGAAGCCAAAUAGAAAUUAAAAAAAGAAAAACACUCAGACUGGGAUGAAAAAUAUUUAAAUGCAAGCACAGGAAAAAAAAAUUGGUUGCAGCCACAAUAAUUUCCGUGAGAAAAUUGUGUAAAUGUCAUUACAGGGAAAAGAUGCAUCAUAAAAAAGAUGGGUGUAGACAAAAUGACAUUACUCAAACAGGAAAAAAAAUAUUUAAAUGCCAGUACUGUGAAAAGGCUUUCAAUAUAAAAUGGGUCUGUAAACAUCAUGAGAGAACACACACUGAGAAAAACCAAUUUAAAUGCCAGGAUUCUGAAAAGGCAUUCAGUGCAAAAUGUGACUAUAAAGUGCAUGAGAAGACUCAAACUGAAGAAAAACAAUAUAAAUGCCAGUAUUGUGAAAAGACAUUCAGAACAAAUGCCACCCGAAAAAGUCAUGAGAGGAUUCAUACUGGAGAAAAACCAUUUGAAUGUCAGUACUGUAAAAGAAGAUUCAGUGUAAGGUGCAGUCAGAAACGGCAUGAGGGGCUACACACAGGAGGAAAAACAUUUAAGUGCCAUUUUUUUGAAAAGAUGUUCAUUGCAAGAUUUUACUUGCAACUUCAUGAAAGGACUCACACUGAAGACAAAUCAUUUGAAUGUCAGUGCUGUAAAAGGAGAUUUUAUAGGAAAGCCAAUUUUAAAAGACAUGAAAUGACUCACACAGGAGCAAAUCGUUGUAAAUGUCAGUAUUGUGGGAAGAUUUACAGUACAAAACAAAGCUGUAAAGAGCAUGAGAGAACUCACACUGGAGAAAAAUAUUUUAAAUGUCAGUAUUGUGAAGAGACAUUCUUUACAAAAUAUGCAUUUAAACAACAUGAAAUAACUCACGUUAUAGAAAAAAAGUUUAAAUGCCAAUACUGUGAAAGGAUAUUUAUUAGGAAAUGGGAAGCUAAACAGCAUGAGAAAAGUCACACCCAAGAAAAGAUUUUACGAUAUACACAAGGGAUAAUGGAAAACCCUAGUGGAUUAAAACAAAACAAUUUUGUUCCGUCUAAAACUGAGACAGGUGAGAAACCUCGUGAAAUGUAUCCAGAGACUUGGGCCGUACAAGGCUUGGUGAAAAGUGAAUUUGAGGAUAACUGCAAAAAGGAGUUUGAAGAGAAUGUGGGUGAGGAUGUUCGUCCUGAGAUAUAUCCUGUUGCAAUGUUUAGAAAUGUUUUUGCAAAUGCUGGCGAUGUAUGAUGUUUGAAAAUACAUAGCUCACCUAAUGCAAUAAACUGGUUGAGAGCAGAGUAGCUCACCCAACGCAUUUAACUGGUGGAGAGCAGAGUAGCUCACCUAACCCAAUUAACUAGAUGUUUCACUGAAUGGAGUAAAGAGAUCACAAUUAUGGUUUGUUUCCAAAAGCAUAACUUUAUUCAUAGUUUGUUUGUUUUUUGUACAUAAAAUGGCAAAACUUCUGUUUAUUUGUGCUUUUCAUAUAUCAACCAGUGAUAAUAUUAAUUCCCCAAACGGCUCAGGAGGCUGCGACUUUUCAAUUGGGAUAUUGUAAUAUAAUAUAACAUUUACUGCUGAAGUGCUGUUCAUUAAAUGUAAGGCUGAUUUGUUUUCUUAAAGGAAAUUCUACUUCCGUAACUUCUUCCUUUCACCAAAAAUUGAUAUUUUCCA